AUGGCCGACAACGCCUCUGUCGCUACCCCUGCUUCCAUGCCAUCGGCCCCUCAAGCUGCGUCUGCUCAGAACCCGCAGUACGAUGGCGCCCAGGGGAAUGGCCAGACCAACCCUUCCCAUAUGGCCCCGCCUGCACGGCCCCCGGUGGUCAUCCCUCAGAAUACAAACCCGAUCCCUACCGCCAUCUCGUCGCCCAUGUCAGGCAACAUGAUGUCCCCCACUAGUGCGGGCGGCUAUGUUCGCCGCGCUGCUCCUGAACCCAACAAGCGAGCUCUGUACGUGGGCGGUCUGGAUCCUCGGGUCACGGAGGAUAUCCUGAAGCAGAUCUUUGAGACAACUGGCCACGUGCUCAGCGUGAAGAUCAUCCCGGAUAAGAAUUUCAACAGCAAAGGCUCCAACUAUGGCUUUGUUGAAUUUGAUGACCCUGGCGCCGCCGAACGUGCGAUGCAGACCCUCAAUGGUCGCCGCAUCCACCAGUCGGAGAUCCGCGUCAACUGGGCCUAUCAGUCCAACAGCACCAGCAAGGAAGAUACGUCGAAUCACUAUCACAUCUUCGUGGGUGACUUGAGCAAUGAGGUGAAUGACGAGGUGCUCACCCAGGCGUUCUCGGCCUUCGGCUCCGUUUCCGAGGCACGUGUGAUGUGGGACAUGAAGACUGGCCGCUCGCGGGGUUACGGCUUCGUUGCAUUCCGAGACCGUGCAGAUGCCGAUAAAGCCCUGAAUGCGAUGGAUGGAGAGUGGCUUGGUUCUCGAGCCAUUCGAUGCAACUGGGCCAACCAGAAGGGCCAACCCUCCAUCUCCCAGCAGCAAGCUAUGGCCGCCAUGGGCAUGACUCCUACGACUCCUUUCGGACAUCAUCACUUCCCCACACAGGGGAUCCAGAGCUACGACAUGGUGGUUCAGCAAACUCCCCAGUGGCAGACCACCUGCUACGUGGGCAAUCUCACUCCCUACACUUCCCAGAACGACCUCGUGCCUCUCUUCCAGAACUUCGGUUAUGUGCUUGAGACCCGCCUGCAGGCGGAUCGUGGCUUUGCCUUUGUCAAGAUGGAUUCGCACGAAAACGCCGCUAUGGCUAUCUGCCAGCUGAAUGGGUACAAUGUCAACGGCCGUCCGUUGAAGUGCAGCUGGGGUAAGGACCGUCCCCCUACCGGACAGUUCGACAACGUCCCUCCGCAGCAGGCCGCGGCCGCGGCCGCUGCCGCUCCACCUUUCAACAAUGGCCCCGGAUUCUUCCCUCAGUAUGGGGGCCCCGCAAACCCUAUGAAUCAAGGUCCUGCCCCUGCUGGUCGAGGCUGGGAUCAACAAGGCAACAAUUUCGGUGGUCCGGGGAUGCCCACUCAGGGCUACGCCCAAGGUAAUGCCGCCGGAUUCGGCCGUGGUCAGCCAAUGUCCCCGUCUGGUAACUGGGAUCAGUCCAACCACAACUUCAACGGAGCCUACCAAGUCUAG